AUGCGGAUCAGCUGUUUAGUCGAAAGAAUGGCUAGCAGAUUGGCCCUGAGGAUGUCCAGGAAGGUUGUUAUGGUGCUGCUUCUGUGCUUCCUGAUGUCUCUGUAUGCCAUGUUCUCCAUGAUCAACAACCAUUAUCAGAGCCACAAUCACUGGUAUAAGCGGCCGGCUCCAUGUGUGACACCAAAGUCUGUCAUGGAUGAGAUGGUGGUGCUUACGUCUGCAGUUUCUAACGUGCUGAACAGACUCAACGUUUCUCAUGCCCUGUGCUAUGGCACUUUAUGGGGAGCUCUUAGAUAUGGGAAAACUUUACCCUGGGAUACUAAUGUAGAUUUUUGUGUGCUGAAGACAGAAAUUAACAAAGUGCCAUGGGAUAGGCUACAGGGGAUGUUUAAAGCAAAUCACAUGGGCAUGGUUUACGACAUGCGUCACGGAGAGUACCUGAUCACCCGGGGCCCAGCUGUGGCAGUUCUCACAGUGUUUGACGAAACAAACUCAGGAGAAGCUCGACGUGACGGUGUUGUUUACAGACUGCUGAGGUUCUAUCAGAACAACCCAGAGUCAUUCCCUAGCAGGCUACUGAAGGCACCGUUGAGUAAGAUAGUUUUUCAUGGCCAGCCAAUGCCGAUACCUAACGAGGAUGAUGCAAUUUUAAAAUAUUUUUACCCGGAUAAUUGGUGGCUGGAAAAGCCGCCACCAGGAUGUCCGACAGGUAAGUUUGCGGCAGCUUAG